GCGUCGCGCUGCAAGCGUCGCGCUGCUGGCGUCCUUUGCGGCAGGUCUCCGUGUCUCCUGCAGAUCAUCCACUAUCCGCGACCAACGAACGGACAAGGGCACCGAGGCAGGACGCCAUGCCUUUCUUUGAUAUACAGAAAAGGCUGGGCAUUGACUUAGACCGCUGGCUGACAAUCCAAAGUGCUGAGCAGCCUCACAGGAUUCCGUCUCGGUGCCAUGCUUUUGAAAAAGAAUGGAUAGAAUGUGCACAUGGAAUUGGUGGUAUCCGCGCAGAGAAAGAGUGCAAGAUAGAAUAUAAUGAUUUCGUAGAAUGCCUGCUUCGGCAGAAAACGAUGAAACGGCUGAGCACCAUUGUGAAGCAGCGGGACAAGCUAAUAAAGGAGGGGAAGUACACGUCUCCAGCCCACCACUCGGGCGAGGGGGACGCUAGGCCCUGAGCAGAGCAGCUGCCGAUGCCUGAAGGCCGAGUUUCAUGUUUGUUCUUCUCUCCUGGACAGUUUGUGUACUGACAACCUCUUUGUGAAAGUGGCUAAAAAUAAAAGAUUGCUCCAUCCUA